UCAUAUCGAUGCGGGCCCUGUCAGGGUAGUUGUUUAACUAAAGCCAUUGCUACUUCCUGGAGGCAGAAAAUGAAUUAUACUUCCAUGAAUCCAACCUUGUCAAUGCUUUGUGCAUGAUGUCAUUAAUAAGCCCUGCUGCAGGAUUUGUGUAUUCUUUUCUGUUUUCAGGCUCUAACUCCAGGUUGCAGGACAUCCAGAUGGAAUCGCUGUAAAGAAUGUUCCGCAAAGGGAAGAAAAGGCACAGCAGUAGCAGCUCUCAGAGCAGCGAGAUCAGCACCAAGAGCAAGUCUGUAGAUUCCAGUCUUGGAGGCCUGUCCAGAUCAAGCACAGUGGCUAGCCUAGACACAGACUCGGCCAAGAGCUUCGGACAAGGCACUGGAACCUCUGAAGCACGUGCUGAGUUCCGAGUCAGAUAUGUGGGGUCCAUUGAGAAACUGAAAUCAGAAGACUCCAACAGCCUGCAGGGGCCAUUGGAUUUAAUUAAUUAUAUUGAUGUGGCACAGCAAGAUGGAAAACUGCCUUUCGUCCCCUCGGAAGAGGAAUUCAUCAUGGCUGUGUCUAAAUAUGGUAUUAAAGUGGCUACAUGUGAUCAGUAUGAUGUGUUGCACAGACAUGCACUCUAUCUUAUUGUGAACAUGGUGUGUUAUGAUGAUGGUUUGGUUGCUGGAAAGAGCUUGCUGGCUUUGAAAACCAAGGAUCCCAUUGAAGAACAAUGCAGCCUGUGGAUUUAUCAGUGUAGCAGCUUGGACCAAGCACAAUCCAUCUGCAAAGUCCUGUCCACAGCAUUUGACUCUGUUCUGUUGGAGAAGACUCAAGUCCCUGUGGAGUGAUAUUAUCAGUGUAAUAGUGGGACCAGUAGUGCCUUACCUCACAGUACCUGUUUGCAGAGAUUCAUUACCAUAAUAAGUAGGUACUGCACACUUUGCUGUCACAAUUACAGGUACCAUAUUGUUUCUGAACAGGCAGGCCCCUUGUUCAUUAUAGAUUUCUAAUUACUGGUUUGUCCUAUAAACUGUCCAGCUAGGGAGUAACUGUUACUUUUUUUUUUAUCUUUGCCCUGGAUUUUGUAAGAAUUAAUCCAGGUUUUGUAAGAUUUUUUUUUUUUUAUAUUACAACCGAAAUUACCAAUAUAAAAAAAACUCUGUUAUAUCUAAACUUGACCCAGUAAUACUUAAAGCAAGGGGAAAAUGUAUAUUCAUCUCUUAUUUGCUCUUCCCCUUAUCACAUGCCACUAGUAUUUCCUAUGCAUUUGUUUGUACCGACCAUACUAAAGUAAGUGUGCAUUAUCAGUAGAGUGGGAAUGGUACUAGGAGGAAAAAGAGUUUAAAGGGGUUGUUCACCUUUGAGUUAACUUUUAGUAUGGUGUAGAGCGGGAUAUUCAGAGACAAU